AUGAAAAAAUUCAAAGAGAUUAAAAAAAGUGGAGAUGGCACAUUUGGCGUGGUGAUGAAGGCCGAAAACACAGAAAGUUUUGAAUUAGUAGCCAUCAAAAAAAUGAAAUAAAAAUAUCAUAAUUUUGAAGAAUGUACAAAUUUGAGAGAGGUGAAAGCCUUAAUGAAACUUCAAAAUCAUCCCAACAUUGUAAAACUGAAAGAAAUUUUUCUUGAUGCUGAUACUCUUUGUUUAGUUUUUGAGUUUGUAGAAAAGAGCAUAUAUUAAAUAUACGCCUAACAUAGAGAAUAAGGUAAAACAAUGUCAGAUGAUCAAAUCAAAUCAAUCAUCUAUUAGGUUGCAAAUGGUUUAAGCUACAUGCAUAAGCAUGGUUACUUUCAUAGAGAUCUUAAACCAGAGAAUAUGCUCAUGACCGAAAAUGGAGUUGUGAAGAUUAUCGAUUUUGGUUUAGCAAGAGAAAUAAGGUCACGACCACCAUAUACCGACUAUGUGGCUACAAGAUGGUAUCGGGCUCCAGAAAUAUUAUUGAAACAAAUCAAUUACAAUAGUCCAGUUGAUAUUUUUGCCUUGGGCUGUAUUAUGGCUGAGUUAUUUCUUAAUAGACCCCUGUUUUAGGGUAAUACUGAGUUGGAGUAAUUCAAUAAAAUACUGUCCACUCUAGGUACAUUUACUUAAACAGAUUGGCCAGAGGGCUGUCGCUUAGUAUCAUAAUUAGGAAUGGGAUUGGCACAAUGUUAGCCUCUUCAGUUAUAGCAAUUAAUUCCAAAUGCAAGCAUUGAAGCUCUGAACUUACUAUCUCAAAUGAUCAAAUGGGAUCCGAAUAAGAGAAUUACUGCUUAAUAAAUUCUAACACACCCUUACUUUUACAAUAUCUAGAAGAUUGCUCCAACAUUAGUAUUUGAGGAUUAAGAUAAGCUUUGGAAUAAGGAGAUUAAAGAUACAAACAUAGAUAAAAAACAGAAGGUCACAACUUAAGGUGUAAAGGAUGAUUUAUCACUUCAAUUUGGGAAUUAAUAAAAAAUUCAAAAAACAGAUAGCAACGAUUUGGAUGAUAUAUUAGACUUUAUCACAACUGAAAACAAACCUGUGAUCCCGAAAUAAACAAUAUAGAGUGCUAAGGCUUUGGAAUUUAAGGGACUUCAAUCAUCCUCUCAGGCUAAUUUAAAAUUGACUAAGAAUUAUUUAACAUCAAUCAAUUCCGAUGUCAAUUAAAAGAAGGACAACACUUCUAUCUAUGAUUUUAGCCAUUUGUAAUCAUAUAAGCCAAAAAUGCCUAAUGCCAAGCACUGAUAACUUUGUCAUACUAAAAUGUAUUUUAAGCUCUAAUAUUAAAAUCUAAAAUAAAUUAAUUU